AUGACUAGUAACCUUCUAACAGGUUCUAUCCCUUCGACUUUAGGAAAUUUGACCAAGAUUACUUUUUUGUCCCUUUAUGAGUGUCAAUUAUCUGGUUACUUGCAUCAAGAAAUGAAAAACAUGACAAAUCUUUCUAAACUCUACUUGAGUGACAACAACUUCUCUGGCUAUUUACCUCAGUUAUGCCAUGGUGGAUCUCUUGAAGCAUUCUCUGUAGUAAACAACCAUUUCACUGGUGAGAUCCCCAGAAGCCUCAGAAACUGCACUAGCUUAACAAGAGUGCGACUCAAUGGCAACCGACUUUUUGCAAAUGUAUCGGAAGCCUUUGGUGUAUAUCCACAUCUUACAUUCAUGGAUGUCAGCAACAACAUUUUGUUUGGGGAACUCUCACCAAACUGGGGUGAAUGCCGAAACUUGACAAAGCUACAAAUCUCUGGGAACAUGAUCACUGGCAGAAUUCCUCCUGAGAUUGGGAAACUUACAGAGCUACGAGUGCUUGGUCUUUCUUCGAACCAUCUAGUAGGAGAGAUUCCAAAGGAAUUUGGGAAGUUGACUUCUUUGCUCAACUUGAAUUUAAAUGAUAACCAACUUUCUGGUCCUCUUCCGAACAACAAAGCCUUUCAGAAGGCUCCUGCAGAGGCAUUCAUAAAAAAUAAAGGCCUAUGUGGUAAAGUGCAAGGUUUGCGACCUUACAAUGCCUCUUCAAUACGUCAUGGUGAUGUGGGGAAAGGCCAUAGAGUUGUGAUCCUCAUUAUUCUUACUCUCUUAGUGGCCUUAAGAAAUAUGGAGAAUGUGGUUCUUGAAAGGAGCAUCGGAAAUCCAUUUGCAAUAUGGAAUUAUGAUGGGAUUGUUGUGUUCAAAGACAUCGUGGAGGCAACAGAGGGUUUUGACGACAAAUACUGCAUUGGAACUGGAGGAUAUGGAAAAGUUUACAAAGCAAAUCUACCAACUGGCCAAGUAGUAGCUGUGAAGAAACUUCACCCACUUGAAGGUGGUGAUCAAUCUGAUCAAAGAAGUUUUAGAAAUGAGAUACGAACAUUAACAGAAGUCCACCAUCGCAAUAUUGUGAAGAUUUAUGGCUUCUGUUACCAUGCUCGAUGCUCAUUUCUAGUGUAUGAGUAUAUGAAAAAGGGAAGCUUGGCAAGUAUCCUAAGCAAUGAUAAAGGAGCUGCACAGUUGGAUUGGACUCUAAGAGUGAAGGUUAUUAAAGGUGUGGCCAAUGCUCUAUCUUAUAUGCACCAUGAUUGUACCCUGCCCAUUGUCCAUCGAGACCUAUCAAGCAACAAUGUUAUGUUGAAUUUGAAACUUGAGGCUAGUGUCUCUGAUUUUGGCACUGCACGAUUACUGAUACCCGAUUCAUCUAAUUGGACCAUGCUCACAGGCACUUAUGGGUACAUCGCUCCUAGUUAG